AUGGAUAAAAAUUUGAAUCUGCAGCAGAUACAAGAUCUGUUGAAUGCCUUAGACUCUGACGAAAACGUGAAUGAGGACAUUUUUCCUGAUGCAUCAUCGGAUUUGAGUGACGCGGAGUCUGAAAUCAGUGAUCACAAUACUGAAAGUGAAGAAGAAGCGGAAAGUAUCUCUGAAAACGAAGACUCAAGUGACAGCGAUGCACAAAGCCGUAAUAGCAAUGCUUUUUAUGGCAGAAACAGGUACAAAUGGUCUAAAGUACCACCAUCACGAUCACGGGUGCCAGCACAUAACAUUAUUAUUCAUUUACCUGGUCUAAGAGGUCCUGCACAAGCCAAAAAUGAAAUAUCUCCAUUGGAAGCAUGGUCUUCUCUAUUUACUGAAGAUAUUAUUGACUUGAUUUUACAACAUAGUAGGUAA